CUCAACAUCAGGGAAGUGAAUUGUUUUACUUAGCGGAGGCAAUGCAGGGCAGUGGGAAUGUUUUCAUGACAGCCUCUUAAAGGAAUUAGUAACACAGCAGUUAUGUCUUUAUCGGGUUACACUGGCUGGUAAUAUCUUUAUGUUGUUUAGCCGAGUUUUAACGCAACUCAAGUGUUAUUAGAGGCUUGGAUAAAUCGUGAAAGUAUUACGACAUCAACCUGAGCUUCCUGGACUGAAGUCGAGCUAGGUAACCUGACCUCACACCGCAUAGGAAGCCGAAGGAGGAAACAGAGUUGAGAAGAGGGGUUAACCAAUAACCAAACGUAGACAGCGACUGUAAAAGAUAACCGGGGGGGUAACUUUUGGUAAGGUUUAGCGGACUUUCGCGAUGUCUCUGGCCGACCAGAGCCAGCAGUGGUUUCCCACGAGUGUGCAGGUAACGGUCCAUCAGGGUCGUAACCUGCGGGCGAAGGGCAAGAAUGGCACCAACGAUGCCUAUGCCAUUAUGCAGGUGGCUAAGGACAAGUUUUCAACCUCCGUGGCCGAGAAAAGUGUCGCUCCCGUGUGGAAAGAAGAGGCUUCGUUUGACCUGCCACUCUUCCACCCGGGAAAUGCUGAACGCUGCACCCUGCACGUCGCAGUAAUGCACCGGGCUCACGUCGGGCUCGACAAGUUUCUGGGUCAGGCUGUGGUGAACCUGCUGGAUCUCCAUGACAACAACUCCCGCAAGAAGACUGAUUGGUUCAAGCUGGUGGACAAAAGUGGAAAAGAGGACAAGGCGCGUGGGGAGGUGCUGCUGGAUAUAAUCUUUAUGAGAAACAACAUGUCAGCUAGUAUGUUUGACCUUUCUAUGCAGGACAAACCGCGCUCCCGCAUCUCCAAGCUGAAGGACAAAGUCCGGGGGAAGAAAAAAGAUGGUUUCUCGGACUCUGCUUCAGCUAUAGUUCCUUCUGUCAGCCAGGUGCUCACUGAUAGUGAGGGAGAGCCUGAUGCACAGUCACUCAAUCAGUUUCCAGGAACAAAGAAGAAAUCAAAGCUCAAAACACUGUUUGCUCCCAAAUCAAACUUGCAGCGUAACGUCUCUCAAUCCAUGUCUACACUGGGGACCCUUCCUGAGAAGAAUUCAUCUCUCAGUGGCAGCCGCUCGUCUGGUCUCAAUGUGGACUCUCCUGAAGGAAAAAAGAAAUUCAAAUUCCUGGGACAUAAGCGGUCAGGCAGCUCUGACAGCAAGGUGUCCCAGGGUCCUUUCUCCCUGCUGGGUCGCAACAAGCAAAGCAACAGUGACCAGAACAACCUGUGCAUCAACGGCAGCCAUGUUUACACUGAAGAGGAGUCCAAAAGUGGAUCUACCCUCAGUCUGAACAGCUCUGGCCAAGGAUCUGUAGAGGAUGUCCGCAAUCACACCUCUGAAUUCUCUGCAGAUGUAAGGAGUGCUCCUGUUCCCUCCAUACUGAUAGAGUCCACAGAUAAGUCAAUGCUGGAGCAAAGGCGCCAUCUAGAGGAGGAGGAGAGAAGACAGGCAGAAGAAAGGCGCAUAGCAGAGGCCAAGAGGCUGGAGGAAGAGGAGAAAUACAAAGCAGCAGCCAAAAGCGUUCAGGAGGAAGAGGAGCAAAGACUACAGGAGGUACAGGAGAGAAAGAGACGCUUCCUUGAGGAUGAAGCCAAGAGGAAGAAACAGGAGCAAGAGGAAGAACUAAGGAUGAGGGAAGCAGCAGAAAAACAGAAGCUUGAGGAGGAGCGUCGCAAAGCAGAUGAGCAGAAACGACAGGAGGAGGCCUCCAUGAGCGACAGACUGUCCUCUCUGUUUGGAAUCAUCAAAAAGAAGGAAGAGAAGAAAGAAGAAGUCCCUCAAUUUGUUAAAGAGGAGCUGCCUUCAGUCCCUCAUGCUUACACUAAUCAUCCACUCUCCAGCAACUCCACCAACCCAUUUGAGGACAUCUCCCUCAGCUCAGAUCGCCAAGUCGGCAUCAAUGAAAGCCCAGCUGAUCAUCUGAAAUCAAACAGCAACCCACAACCCCCCUCUGCCAUGGUCUUCCUCAACCGCAAUGCUAAAGUGUCUGCAGUCAAACCCAGAUCCCCUCAGUCUCUGGAGUCUGAACCUACUGACUCCCAAUUCCCCAGUCAACCAAGUCCUUCCCCAGCCACCUCCGAGCCCACUCUCUCUAGUGUCCCGUCUGAUUCCCCUGACAUUGUCUUCAACCUAGACUCAUCAUUCAACCCUCCAAACUUAAGUGAAAGCCUGUCAGGUUCCCCCUGUGGCAGCACAGAGGAUUGGUCCUCUGUGGGAUCUUCACCCACCAUGGCAGAUAAGAAGAAAAGGGCCCCUCUGCCACCCUCACAUGGCACCCAAACUGGAGGAAAUCACUUACCCAUCAGAGAGCUCAAGAAUCCUGCAUAUGUAGAUGUAGAUGGACUGCCACAAGGCAACAAGCUGACUCUACCACUUCCUGAUUAUGAAACCCUUUUUCCUCAGAAGAGACACGGAGUGCAAGGCACCACACGAUGGGACAACUUAAUUGCAGAGGUCAGCCAGAGAAACAGAGAACCCUUACCUGAGUUAGUUGGCCCAGAAAUGAGCGUGGAUGGCCCACAGGAGCCUGAAUUCAAUCGAAGGUCUUCACACACACAAGAGAGUCCUGCUAUGAUUCUUUAUCAGACACAUGAAACAAAACCUGUGUCUUCAAAAAAAGGAGCGGCCCGCCCCCCUAAGUCAGUGGCACUUGCACCCCCUCGAUCCGUCACAGAUUCCAGUCAGAGACAGACCCAGAAUAUUUCUCACCAACCUCUCAUGACGCCUAAUCAGUCUCCAGCUCCACUAUCUGUAAACAGUGAUGUUUCAAGCAGAGAAAGUCUUUCAUCAAUGCCCAGGGAUGGAGCAAGGAAGGUGCUGUCCCCAUCACCUGCAGCAGUGAGUUCAACCAGACCAACCAGCCAAAUAGUCUCAGACAGAACACCACAAGAUGAUCAAAGACAAACCAAAGCCAGUGUGAACAAAGAGCCACCCACAGCCAAACCCAGACAGAGAGCUAAUGACAAAGAGACAGUGAGGCCAGAGGAUUCUGCUGUGACUCCAGUAGACUCUGACAAAAAUCUGAGCAGUAAUAUUGAGACUAGCCUAAAUAUGGGCAGGAUGGAUAAAAAGAGCAGUCAGACAAAGGAGAACUUUGCAGAGUUCGACCCAUUCCCCAGUACUGAGCUUCUCUCCAAAGACCCAUGGGCACAGCCAAAGCAGAGCAAAGAAGUUGAUCUUUUCGCUGGUGGUGUUAAAAAAGACCUAACACUUGAAGAUUGUGGAAUAACAGCAGAGGAUCUUGAUAACAUUUUUAAAAAAGAGAAACCAACAGAUCAGUUUGAUGGUUUUAAUGGCAGCGAUUCAAACAGACACAGUGAGAACACAGAAAAAGACGAUCCUGGUUUCCUGAGAAGGAAUUCCAGCAGGCGAAAACAGACUCCUAGUCCCCUAUCUUACUUUGAUAAUAAGACUUCAAGAUCUGUACAAGAACCCGCGAAAAGAGAUAACACGUCUACAGCAACAGCCACAAAAGAUGAGUCCGUCACACCGAAGCUUGAAGCUGAUGUGAAACCGCCAAGCUCCCGUUACAGAGGAGGGGAUGCAUUCGGAGCUGAUCCUUUUACUCUAGCCUCCUCACAGCCCCUCUCUGUUGUUACAGAGGAACCAGCGUCUCAGGCAGGAGGGGUGUCUCGGGGAAAGGCACCAGUGAAAGCAUGGGUCUCACCCUCUGAGGGUCAGUCUGUCAAUGCCCAGAAUAGCAAUGGAGGUGGGCUAGCCUUAUCUGCACGCAGGCCUCAUCCUGUGAAGCCCAUGAGCUCAGCUGAGAAGAAUGCCUUCAGCAGCUCCACUGUCAAAGAGAUAAAGGACAGCACACCAGGGACGAUUCAGGUGGGAGACGCCGUACAAAGCGGGCCUUACACCCAGCUGACACAGGAGGAGUUGAUCACACUGGUGGUGAAGCAGCAAACCGACCUGUCCAGAAAGGACACUAAGAUCGUCGAGCUGGAGGAGUACAUAGACAACCUGCUGGUCCGUGUCAUAGACGAGAAACCCACAAUCCUGCAGUCUCUCAAUGCAAAGCCAGUAUAAGGAGAGUCCAUCUUCAGCAGCCAGUUGUGUUUGUGUGAGAUGGUACUGGUGUCACUCUAUGCUGAGAGAGCAGACCUCCUUGAAGGUCUUACAGCUAAUGCACUUUCUUUUUUUUUUUGCCUUAGAGUCAGUUUGGUUUGAGAAUGCUGGAAAAUCAUCUCUGAAGAAAUGCAUUACUUAAUAACAAGCAAAUAAAAAUCUUUAUAUAAUUGAAUGUAUUUGUUUGGACACUAAGGUACUGGACUUUUUGCUCUCUUAAUAUUUUACAUGAAAUGAUAUUCAACAUCUUGAUUAAUCUUGAUAUCAUUUCUUGUUUAGCUUUAUUUAAUAAAGUAAUAAUGCAUGUACAACACUUGAUUUUUAAAAACUAUUAUCUGGCCUUUAUUUGACUCUUUUCACUGUAACUUAUUUCUGUGUUUAAAAUGACACUGUACCUUAUCAACCAUUCAGAAUUCAUGCAUCACUUACCAGUGCUAAGAAUGUAACAUCACUCAUGUAUUUUGUUUCAGUCAUUGAAUGAAUUUACUUGCACAGCUUUUCUGCAGACCCUAAGUUACAGUUAUGAGCUCUCGAGCUGAGGACAACUGAGAUUGUCUAUACUUUAAAAUAAGUGCACAUUGAGUCUUCCUCCUCCUUUUAAGUCUUAUAAUUUCUUUAUUUUUAUUUUUCUCCUGUAUUUUAAGGCCUAUUAGCUGGCAUGUAUUAGUUUAAUGAGAAAUUACCAAUAUUUCUCCAUUUUACUCACCACAAUUGAAUGUCAGCUGGUCAUCCAGUCCUUCAAACUAAUAUAUAGUGCCUAUUAUUGCAUUAAAAGGUAUUCUUUAGUAAAACAGCAAUAGAUAAAAGCAAGCAGCUACUUUGUACUGUACAUAUUUUGAUGAAUGCAGUAGCUAUAGUGUCUUCCAUGAGGUAGCCUGUGCACAUACUUUGAAACGAUAUGCAAGUAAUAAUAGAGAAUCGUACUCUUUUAAUAAUAAUGUGAGACGGUUCAAUCCCUGUGAUUUUUGUGUUGUAUUUAUUAAAUGAAACCAAGAGAUAAUCAAGAAUUAGUAAUCAGAAAAUGAUAAUGACUCUGUGUCAGUCGUACACAACCAGCCGUGUCUUUGUAUUUGAACUACACUAAGAAAUGGACCCUAACCUAUGCCUUUUUUUAAAGCAAUAUUCAUCUCCAGAAUGUACAUACCUGUGCCUUCCAAAUCUUUUUCAUGACUUUUCAUGACUCUGUAUAUUUUGCUGAAUGUAAACUUGUUGUUGGCUACCUCUCUUCUUUCACUGGAGUGAGCGCUCACAGAAUGUGCAGGCUGAUGUAAUGUGUGGUUGUCUGACAUGAAACUACAGUUUGUGUAAAACUCCAGAGAGAAGUGAUGCAGAGAGGAAAAAGUUGUUUUAUUUGAAAUAAAGACACUAAUCGUUUUA